AUGCCGACAGCCAAGUAUUUCGACCAUUGCCCCCCCUUCCCUUCCGGGGUCCAUGUCGUUCCUUUGCCGAAGAUAUCAUUCAAAGGGCUCCAGAAUGGAAACGAAAAAGAGAUCCAAACCCUGUUCCAAGCAUGCCAAGAAUGGGGGUUUUUCAUGUUGGACUUGCAACAGUCUGAGAAGGGCAAAGAGCUCCUGGGAGAUGCAGAGAAGAUGUUUGAGCUCACCCAGGAGACGUACAGCCUUGAUCAAUCAGUCCUGGAUAGUCACGCCUACAAGCCACCUUAUGACCUGACAGGGUAUGCUGAUAUCAGAGAAGAAGAAAAGCUUAGCCACAAGCUUAUAUUAGCAGAUGUCAUUUUCCUUCACCUUGAUAACCAGCUUGGCCUUCGACCGGGGACACUUAAGGGACUUGGCCCUUUGGAUCAAAUCUCGGAAACCUCAGUGAGGUUAUUGCGAAGUCAGUCACAAUCGAGCUCUCAACCCGAAACCAUCAGCCUCGGCGGCCACACGGACAUCGGGGUAAUCACUCUGCUUUUCAACGUGGUGGGCGGGUUACAGAUACUGCCUGCAGAUUGCGACAAUAAGCCAGAAAACUGGCUCUGUGUCAAGCCAGAGCCGGGGAACGUAUUGGUAAACAUUGGCGACACUCUUGUCGAGUGGACAGGUGGGAUACUACGGAGCUCAUUGCAUCGUGUGAUAACGGCUCCUGGAGAACAAGCGCUGGUGAGCCGUCAAAGCGUGGCCUACUUGAUGCGAUCGCGAAGCAAUGCGUCAAUGCAGAGGCUGAAGAGUGACAUUAUUCCUCCUGUGGCACAGGACGAGGAAGAAGAGACUCGCUCGGUCACCGAGUGGGCCGCGUGGCGGGCCAUGCAAGUUAUGCUUGGCCAGCUUAAACCACAAACGAGAGGUGGGAAGAAGUCGGUGGUUGUAGUAUAG